AUGGCAUCCAAAGCUCAAGCAAUCACUGCCUUCCUCCUCUGCUUGAACCUCGUUUUCUCUAGCAUGGCGAGUGCAACUACCACUUGCUCCAUUGAUUACACCAAGCUGAAACUCGGAACCAGUUACUGCUCCCUUCUUGCUCCUCUUCUUGACCUUGACGCUGCCAUUUGCCUUUGCGCUGCCAUCAAAGCUGGUCUCUUGGGCGUUGUUGUCGACGCUGAUGCUACGUUGGGCGUUCUGCUCGCUGGCUGUGGAAAGACUCGCCCAUCUGGAUUUGUUUGCAAAUAG